AUGAAGCUUGACUUUGUUAUUAUCGCCUUAGCGUUGUGGGCUAAUGGAGCCUGCGCGUACAAACCACUCACCCCCCAGCGAGUCGCAGAUGACAUAAAAGCAGAAGAUCUUGAGAAUACUCUCCAGAAGCUAUAUCAGAUUGCUCUUGACAACAACGGCAACCGGGCUUUUGGACUUCCAGGCUACAAAGCCUCUCUCGAGUUCGUCCAAAAACGCCUACAAGAUGCGGACCAGUUUGAUAUUUCUGUUCAGCCAUUUACCCACCUCUUCUCACAAACCCGCAACGUCGUUCUGACUGGUCCUGAGGGACAGAAUGUCGAUGUGGUCUCCUUACAGUAUAAUCAUGCUACUCCUCUCCCGGGAGGAGUGACUGCUCCUCUAGUACUGGUGUCCAUCGACGAUGAGCGCGGCUCAGGCUGUCUCCAGGAACAAUGGGCAGAUAUUGAUGCAAAAGGGAAGAUCGUUUUAAUCAAGCGCGGCAAAUGCAACUUCGUUGACAAACUCAUUCUCGCCAAGCAGAAUGGCGCUGCAGCUGCCAUCAUCUUCAACGAUAACCCCGCUCAGACUGCAGGCUCUGGCUCGCUCGGUGCUGAAAACAUCGGCAAGCUUGUACCCGUUGGCGUCAUCACUUACAAUGAGGGUAUCGCUUGGGCAGAGCGACUCGAGGAAAAUGAAUCUCUCGAAAUCAACUUGACCAUCGAUGUCUUGACGGAGAAGCGUGAGACCUGGCAGAUAAUCGCAGACACUAAGGAAGGCGACCUAAACAACAUCGUUAUGCUGGGUGCUCACCUAGACUCGAUCCAAGAAGGCCCUGGCAUCAAUGACAACGGGAGUGGUGUUGCUGCACUACUCAGUAUCGCCGAGUCGAUCAAGAAGUACAAGAAUUUCAAAAAUAAGCUGAGAUUCGCUUUCUGGGGCGCAGAAGAGAGCGGAAUGAUCGGUUCCACUUUCUAUGUAUCGAACUUGUCUAAGGAAGAAGCUAGCAAGAUUCGAUUCUACUACAACUACGACAUGAUCGCCUCUCCACAGCCUUAUUACAUCGUAUAUGCCGACUCAGACGCUCAUAAAGCUGGUGCCAAGUAUCUCUAUGAAUAUUUGACUGAGCAGGGUUAUCCUGCCGAGUAUACGCCUUUCGGGAGCUCUUCCGAUUAUAUAGGAUUCCUUAAACUUGGCAUACCCUCGUCUGGUAUCUUUACUGGAGCUGGUGCUCCUCAAGAUUCCUGCUAUCACACUGCUUGCGAUGAUAUCAAAAACAUCAACAAGGAGGCCUUUGUAGUCAAUGCAAAGGCUGCCGGAUAUGCAGCUGCCAGCCUUGCUUUGAGCAUUCACAGCCUGCCUGAGCAUGAGAUCUCGACUGUCAAUCCAUUGAGUAAGCGUGGUGUGGCACGGAAUAUGGUUAGAUGGGCCAAUGUUGCUCGAGGAGCCGAGCAGGUACAUAGCUGUGGGGGUGAGAAGAAGGUCUUUAUGUGA